UCAGCGGUAUGGUGGGUUCGAUUCGGUUGGGUUUAAGAACAGCCUGCUUUGCCGGCAAAGAAGACGAACACUAUCACGUUGAGAACAAUUGGCCAAUGAUCACUUUUACGGGGAAGAUGUUGAUCCAACAGGGAUAUAAGAUGAUUUUCUUUAUAAUAGUGUCCAUGUGCAUCAAAAGUUUAAUCCUCUCGAUCGUAACCUGUGAGAACGCUGAGCAUCAUUUCACUGGUCGAUAUUUAACACUUGCUUCAACAAGAUCAAAAAAAGUCUACGAUCUUGUAUCUAGCGGUACCUAUUGUAAGCGUAAAAAUAUUGCUCACCUCAAGCUUUCAUUUCAUUGCUCCCGGGAAACAAACUUUAAUCGUGCACAGUGCUCGCAUAGCGGAAUAAAACUUGGAAAACUGCCAACGUAUCGAUCUCUAGAUGACACGUAA